GUGGCGUUCAUCUACCUGGGUGGGUGCUGCAUGGCUAUGGGUGCUGUGUGGCAUGCAGGUGAAGCAUUGUAGUGCCCCUUCUUGGAGCAACGUCACCUGGACUUCCUACAGCACUGCCCUCUCCUGCGUAAUCCGUACGACACCAUUACGACACCCUUUCGACACCCGUACGACACCAUUACGUAACCCGUACGGCAACCCGUACCGCAGCUGCCACUGGUGUUGUUGGAGCUGCACGACAUGGGCCCUCCGGAGGCGGUACGGCUACAGGAGGAGGAGCGGCGCUGGAGGCGGCGGUGCGCGCGGAGGGGGCAGCAGUACGAGGGUGUGGAGGAUUCUGAGGCUGAGCAGGAAUCGGAAUCAGAGCUUGAGGAGGAGGAGGAGCAGGAGGAGGCGGGUGGUGAGGCGUCCGAGCAGGGAGCAGGCGGCAAUAGCGGGGAGGUGGACAGCGACGAUGUCGACGAUGAGGAGGAGGAGGAGGAGGAGGAGGAGGGUGAAGACGACGAGGAGGACGUCUUGAGACGCGCCGUACCCCGUGCAUCACCUGCCUCGGCCUCCGCAGCGUCAGACAGCCCAGGCAUGGCACGGACCAACGCGGCGGCUGUUGCUGUUGGCAGGGGGGCUAAAGGAGGGGGUGGAGAGCAGCACGAGGAAGAAGGGGACACUGACCGUGAUCAUGAGGAGGUGGAGGAGGAGGAGGAGGCGGAAGACGGGGACUGUACGGCAGCGCUGCCGCUGACCUCCCUGCUGACGUGGCGCCCCUGGAGCAGCCCCAGCAUGCAGCUCGCGGCGCUGCUGCUAGGGUGCUGCCGGAACUUAACACUAGCCGGCGGCGACCCACGGGUCAUUCGGGCCAUUGCGCAGGUCGGGCGACAAGUUACGAUUGCGGCGGCGGCGGCGGCCGCCUCGCGGAGGAGGCGGUCGAGUGCAAACGCAGCGGCUGCCUCUGCAAGGAUGCUGGCGGGAUCGGCGGUACAUUGCGGCAACCGAGCAACGGUUGCAGCCAGGACAACAUCAGCAGCAUCAGCAGCAGCGCAGGCAUGUGUACGGAAGGCGAUGUUUAAGAGGCGCAGUACGGCAGUCGAGAUUGCCGUACAACGGUUGGUUGUACGGCGGCAGGCGGGGCUGGAUGAGUCGUUGUUAAAGGGGUUGUUGCGGGGC